AUGCAUAUUAACCCUUCCGCGUCGCCAUCAGCUGCUAUUGCCAUCGCUGAGAUUACCUCUUCGGGCCAACCCACGUACAAAAGCGUCGACGGCCGGCACGGACGCGGUGUCCGCUGGACGGCGUGGUGCAUCUACUGCAAGGGCGACCAUCAGGCCCGCGCCUGCAAGGCCCUCCAGAAGGACCUCGAGGCCAAGACGGCGGGCUGUUGGCCGUUGGCGCUGCCGACCUACACAGAGUUGGGAACGAUGGAGAAGGAGCGCCUCAACGCCACGCCAUGCGACUACUGUGGUGACUCCAACCACAACGUGCUGCGCUGCCGUACCGUCGGCAAGGCGGUCAGCCGAGGUCAGGUGCCGACGACGUACCGUUUGCCGGUCGGCUUGUGCUGCGAGUAUUGCUCGCACUUCGGCUUCUACGAGCCCGGACACGCGAUCACCGCGUGCCGGCUCCUUCUGGAGCACGCGGCAGACGGCGUCGUCGCGGCCGACUUUGUUGCGCCGGUGCACCUGGUCAUCGAGACUGCAAAAGGCCCGCCGGAGUACCGGGUUUUCGAGGAUCGCCCGAAUCACACCUGCGCGUACUGUAGCGUGGCCGGCCACCGGGCCUGCGUGUGUGAUGAACUGCGCCGGCACAUCGGUGCUCGCUGCGUGCGGGCGUCGUUCCGCUUGAAGACGCAGUGCGGCGGGUGCGAGGCCUGCGCCCACCACUUGCUCGUCUACGCGUCGCACGGCCGGAAGCGGUGCCCCUUGACGGUGCCGGACGACGACGACCAACCUGCGCCUGUGACCCGCAAGCGGCCGUCGGCAGGCCAUGCCACGAAGAAGAAGAAGACCAAGGCGUAG